AUGUACAAGACGUGUUUCCUAGGGAUCAUGGUCAUGGUGGGCAUCAUGGCAUCAUGGCAUCAGGAGCAAGUCGAGAUGCUCGACGGCUUCACUUAUGCUUGCCACGCUGGUAACCGUGGCUCCAUCCUGGAACGCGCCUGCCCAUUGCUGUCAGAAGGCAACCGCCCCGAAUCGUUCCUUCCUUUACUGACAUUUUUGUCUGUCGCCGCCGAGUUCCAGACUCGAAUGAUUGCCAUCGGAAACGGCACAUACGGCGUGAUGAUACCACCACAUUCAAAAGUGACAUACAAUCUGCAACGAAUCGCCUCGCGCUCUCGGCUUGGCAGCUCAACUUCGCCCAGGGAUAUUGUCGCUUCGUUUUGCGACAUGUCAGAUCGGGCCCAAGGACGAAUCGAAGCCCUACGGCAGCAGCUCCAAAGCUCAAGCUCACGCACUAGCCUGCCGCCCAUUACGAGAAUAGCCGGUAAUUCUAGCGGCCCGCGUGUCCAGGGCAAGGUCGUCAUCAUCACAGGUGCGAAUUCCGCGUUGGGCAUAGGACGUGCAUCCGCCCAUCAGUUUGCAGAGAACGGCGCCAGAGCCAUCUACAUCUGCGACGAGUCCGGAUCAAACCUUGCCGCGCACAAGAAGGAGAUCAAUGCAGCCUAUCCAGGCGUCGAUGUACACUGCUGGCGGUUCGACGCUGCGGAUGAGGCGCAAGUCAAAGCCGUGGUCGACGAUGCCUUGAACCGCUAUGGUCGCCUGGAUGUAUUCUUUGCCAAUGCCGGCAUCACGGGCUCCAAUGUCGCCUUUACGGACUUUACAGACGCCGAAUUCAUGGACGUGUUGCGGAUUAACACACUGAGCGUUUUCCUAGCAGCCAAGUACGCCGCGCCGGCAAUGAUGAAGACAUGCUCCGAGAAGCCACGGUCAUGCGGCUCCAUCAUCGGGACCGCCUCCGUUGCCGGCCUCCGAUCCAAUGCCGGCUCAACACCAUACUCGGCUUCCAAGGCUGCCGUUGUGUCUCUCGCUCAGACCAUUGCCUACCAGCUGGCGGGCUCCAAUGUCCGCGUCAAUGCCAUAUGCCCCGGUCUCAUCGAAACCGGCAUGACGGCUCCGAUUUACGAAGCCGCUCGGGCUCGGGGCAGCGACAGGAAGAUUGGGCAGCUGAAUCCCCUGAGGAGAGGUGGCCAGGCCGACGAGAUUGCGCGAGUGGCCCUGUUUCUGGGCAGCGACGAGAGCAGCUAUGUGAAUGGACAGGCUUGGGCGGUUUGUGGUGGUUUGAGUGCAGGACAUCCACAUGUCCCUGGAAACUUGGCUUAG